AGACGAGUGAAACUGAGACGCCAUCUUGGUCCAGAUCAUCAUUAAUCUGUCGAUAUCUUUAGGCUGUCUGGCAUUCUACCUUAUUCUAUGAUUCUUUAUUAAAAUGUUCUUGUUCCGUGACUAAAGUUUCCUUUUCCGUUUGUCAACGAGUGACGAAGCUAGAAAAAUGCCGUCUGUAACUCUAAAAGACGUCGAUCAGCACAAAUUCGUCAAGGCGUUUGCCUCGUUUCUGAAAAAAACUGGCAAGCUCCGCGUACCAGAAUGGGUGGACCUUGUGAAAACCUCAAAGGCUAAGGAACUGGCUCCUUACGACCCUGAUUGGUACUACGUCAGAUGUUCUGCGGUCGUCAGGCACAUAUACAUUCGUUCCCCAGUAGGUGUUGGAUCACUUACAAAGAUUUUUGGGUCUCGCAAACGUAAUGGCACCAAGCCGUCUCACUUCUGCAGGUACGUACUCUUUUCUUUCUUGCCAAGUAUUUGAAUACAGGCAAAUAUAUCAUACUUGAGAUUUGAAUGUUCUGCCAAAUCAUAAUCUAGAUGAAAAUACCACUAUUUUUCGAAAUAAUUGCAAAGUCUGGUUUUAUUGAUGCAAGUUGUUCAAGGGGGCAUUCAAAACAUGGACUCAUAAAAUGCUUACACCAAUUUUCAUGGGAAAACUUUUUAUUUAUCGAUAAAGAAUAAGAAAAUGUGUUUAUUGGGAUUCAAUCAAAAGUGUUGGUAGGAACGAAAAACUCAUCAAAAAGGAUUUUUAGGUAUUUAUGAGUAUAGUAAAAAAGUUAUGGCCGAAAACUGAGAAAAGAUGCUGCUUUUAGUACUUGUUAGUAAUGCAACAUAUUGAAUAUGAAAACAAAAAAAAGCUGUUUUUCUUUAUCGACACUGAAAACCCAAAUACUGUAUAUUCAUCCAUAGAAUAGCCAAAAUUUUCUUUUUUUGUAAUGGUGCUUUACUGAAAGUAACCCAGCGAUAUAAAUCAAAGCCCAAUGACUUUCAUCAUCUACAACAUCAAAAGUGAUAUUUUUUGCUCUCAUUUGAGUGUAUGUAAGGGACCCACUGGAAAAGUUUCCUUCCCUCUUAAUGGGUGUGUAUCUCAUUAGGCUUUUUUUAUAUAAUUUUUUAUUUUUAUAAUAAUUUAUUUCAUUGUUGAAUAGAAC